CCAUUAUCCAAUACUCCCAUCACGUUUAAUGACUCCCAAUAAACCCAUAAAUAGGGGGAAAAAGACCAUUUGAAAUGGAUUCUUACCAACUUCCAGAAAUAAUCCUCCCCAUAAAAACAAAAAUAACAAUUACUAAAGAGAAUAAGAAUUGAGGAAGAAGAGAAAUGAUAGGGGAAUAUAAAUGACUUCCUUUUACAAGAAACAUUCACAUAUAUUUAUUUCUAUAUUUUCUAUUUUGGCAUUAUUUGCUUUCUUUGUUCUAUCAAAAAAAGACUCGAAUGGUUUCCUUAAUCUCUUCUCUUUUCCAUCAAGUGGAAAUAUUGUCAAUGAUCCAUUGCUUCAUUCUAUUGCAGUUAUUCACAAUUCUUCAACCCUAUCAAAAUCGGAGGAGAAAAGGCAAAGAGCAAUGAAGAAAUUAAGUGAUGCAAUUAAUGAAGUGUUAUUGGGAAGAAAGAAAGAUGAAAAGAUUGAACAUUUGGAGUUAAAACUUGAUAGAGCAAGAGCUUUAAUUAAAGAAGCAAUUAACCAAAGGAGUAACAUUUCUAUUGAAGAUGGUGCUCAAUAUGUACCUCAUGGAAACAUUUACAACAAUGCUUUUGCCUUUCAUCGGAGCUACUUAUUAAUGGAAAAAAUAUUCAAGAUAUAUAUUUACGAAGAAGGGGAAGUACCCUUAUUUCAUAAUGGUCCAUGCAAAAACAUAUACUCUUUGGAAGGUAUCUUCGUGAAGUCAAUAGAGAACCAAAAUAACAAGUUUAGAACAAGAGAUCCAGAAGAAGCUCAUGUAUAUUUUCUACCAUUCAGUGUGGCAAUGAUAAUUGAACAUCUAUUUGAUCCAAUUUUACGUGAUAAAGCUGUUUUAGAGCGCACCAUUGUUGAUUAUGUCAAAGUUAUUUCUCUUAAGUAUCAUUACUGGAAUAGAAGCCUUGGAGCUGAUCAUUUCAUGCUUUCUUGCCAUGAUUGGGGUCCAAGAGCAACAUGGUACCAUCCAUUAUUAUACUUCCACUCAAUUCGAGCAUUAUGCAACGCAAACAAAUCAGAAAAUUACAACCCAAGAAAAGAUGUAUCAAUCCCAGAAAUCAACUUAAAAACCGGCGAAUUAAAAACCCCAAUCAAAGGAUUACACCCAUCACAACGUACCAUUCUGGGAUUCUUCGCAGGACGAAUGCACGGUCGUAUACGACCUGCACUUCUUAAUUACUGGAAAGAAAAAGAUUUAGAUUUACAUGUUUACGAACAACUUCCUGAACAAAUAUCCUAUGAUGAUAUGAUGAAGAAAAGCAAGUACUGUCUAUGCCCGAGUGGUUUCGAAGUUGCAAGCCCUAGAAUUGUUGAAGCAAUGUAUGCUGGUUGUGUACCUGUUUUGAUAUCCCAAAAUUAUGUUCUUCCUUUUAGUGAUGUUCUUAAUUGGAGUUCAUUUUCUGUACAAGUAUUAGUAAGUGAUAUUCCGAAUCUUAAGAAAAUAUUGAUGGGAAUUCCUUAUCAAAAGUAUUUGGAAAUGCAAAAGGGAGUGGAACAAGUGCAACAACAUUUUGUAAUCAAUGAUCCUCCUAAGAGAUUUGAUGUUUUUCAUAUGAUUAUUCAUUCUAUUUGGCUUAGAAGGUUGAAUGUACACAUUUAUAGUUGAUUAGAAUAAGUAUUAGUUUGGACGGAAUAUACAAAGUUUUUUCACAUUAAUUUGUUUUGAUUUUUGUAGUCUAUAUGAUGUGAUAUUAUUAUGGCCCAUAUGUAGAGAUCAUUGAUGUUUGUAAGUGGUAAAAAUCAAACAUGUAUUACAAAGAUGGAAUUUUAGAAAAAUCUUCAAUCAGUAGGUCUACUCAUGGUUUUUCAUAUCCGACUUAUUUAAUAAGUUAUAUUUCAAUCAUCAUCAUCAUGAUCAAUGUAUCCCGUUCUGUACUCACGAUUGAAGUUAUUAUUAGGCCUAAAGAGGGUUGGAUGACGCUAGAUAAUACCCUUAUUAAAAGUGAUAAGGAAAUUGUUCUUGUAUAUAUUAUUGAAACUAAAGA